CUACGAUGCGGCUCGCUCUGAACAACGCCAUAAAGUUCAAGGCCAAGGCGCCUCUUCUGCUGCAUUCCUCCUUUCCACCCAUAGAUAAAAGUACUAUCGCGUUUCGCAGCAUUUUAACUUCCUCAAAUGCACCCCUGUCCCUAACUAGAAUACCCAAUACCGUUAGCUUUCUUUCCUCUCCGUUCCUCCGCUGUCAAGCAGCCAUGGCAACCGCCGCCUGUCAAAUCAAAGAGCAAAUUGAGUUGACAGAGACGGAGAAGAAGAUUUUCGAUAGGCUCUUGAACACUCUCCGUUACUUCAAUCUCCAAACUCAGCUUCGAGUUGCUGGCGGAUGGGUCCGUGAUAAGCUUCUUGGCAAAGAAUGUUAUGACAUUGAUAUUGCACUUGACAACAUGUUGGGUAGUGAAUUUGUUGAUAAGGUUCAGGAAUACUUGUCAUCUACUGGGGAAGUGGCACAGGGUCUUGCUGUCAUUCCAAGUAAUCCUGAGCAAUCUAAGCACUUAGAAACUGCAAGGAUGCGCCUUUUUGAUUUAUGGAUUGAUUUUGUGAACUUAAGGUGUGAAGACUAUAGUGAGAAUAGCCGCAUCCCUACGAUGAAAUUUGGUACUGCUGAGGAAGAUGCGUUUAGAAGGGAUUUGACCAUUAAUAGCUUGUUCUACAAUAUUAAUACCAACUUAGUUGAAGACUUCACUAAAAGAGGACUCGAGGAUCUAAAAUUUGGAAGGAUAGUGACUCCAUUACCUCCGAUGGCUACAUUUUUGGAUGAUCCCUUACGGGUUCUUCGAGCUAUUCGUUUUGGUGCAAGGUUCGAUUUCACACUGGAUGAAGAAUUAAAGAAAGCUGCUGCUUGUGGUGAUGUCAAAGCAGCUCUUGCAGCAAAAAUUAGCAGAGAGCGCAUUGGAACUGAAAUUGAUCUCAUGAUCUCUGGAAACCAACCUGUUAAAGCAAUUGACUACAUAUGUGAUUUGACAUUAUUUUGGGUUGUCUUCAGUCUCCCUCCGAAGGUUGAGCCUGCUGUAUCAGAAGAAUGCUAUAGGCUUUCUGCUGCUUAUUUGGAUGCUUCAUGGAAACUUAUUCAACUUAUUCGAUGCUUUAACUUUGAUGAUGAACAGAGAAGGCUCUGUUUGUACUCUGCUUUAUUUCUUCCAUUGCACGGUACCUCAUACAAGGAUCGUAAAGAUAAAAUGAUUCCUGCAGUCAAUUACAUUGUGAGGGAUUCUCUCAAGCGAAAAGCCAGUGAUGCUGAUACAGUCAUAAACAUCCACAAAUCACUGGAGAAAUUCAUAUCUUUGAUUCCUUCUCUUUUAUCAAAUGAGGAUGUCCAAAUCACUGAGGUUGACUGGGGAAAAGAAUUUGUUGAUGUCCCUGCUACUUCAAAAUUGCGGGUAUCAACAGGGUUUCUUCUCAGAGAAAUUAAAGAUUUUUGGCGGGUUGCUUUGUUGGUGUCUACAUUUUUAUAUCACUCCGAUAGGACCGAUACUGAUUGCAGUCAGGAUAUUAUAGACAAGCAUUUUCAACUGGACAAGAGAAAAGGGAUCUUUGUGUCAGUCGAGAAUGCCAUUGUUAAAUUAGGUCUAGAGAAAGUCUGGGAUCUGAAACCAUUGGUUAAUGGGAAGGAUAUCAUGAAUGUUUUGCAGCUUAAAGUUGGAGGACCACUUGUUAGGGAAUGGCAACAAAAGGCUCUCACAUGGCAGCUGGCACACCCUUCUGGGACUGCAGAGGAAUGCCUCGAUUGGAUGAAGGAGACAUAUUCGAAGCGAAUAAAGAUGGAGUAACUGACCAAUCAUUUGCUAUUUUCUUCAGUGCAAGACUGGGGAAGUUUUUCCGAUCAUGCACUGUUCUGGAUAUUGAGUUCUGGAUGUCUUCCGGACAUUAAAUCAACAUACCACAAAGAAGAAAAGAAUAGUUGGAUCUGAAAAGUGAUGUUACUCUAAAAUGAUGCUUCUGUCAAGGAUUCUAGGAUGGUUUUGUAUCUUUCGUCUGUACAUAAAGCUCAAGAUUAGAUCUGUAAGCAAUUCAUCUCUCCUUAUUGCCGGUUUUAAUCUAGGUUAUUCGAAUUCGUC